AUGACAUUGGAAAUAUUAAGACCUGUGGUCGUUUGUAGCCUCAAAAGACACGUCUCUGUAUAUCUGUACUGCACACAUCUACCGCAUAUUAAAUUGUCACAUUCGGAAAUGUUACUUCAACGAUUAAUUAAAGGUGCUUCACGAUACAAUUGGUCGUCUGCCUCAAGUUUAUUGUGUCGUGGUUACGCAGCUCAUGUUCAGCGUCCAGCUCCUGACUUUAGUGGGAUGGCAGUGGUGGAUGGCCAAUUUAAAGAAAUAAAGCUGAAAGAUUAUACUGGGAAAUACUUAGUCCUUUUUUUCUAUCCUCUGGAUUUUACUUUUGUGUGUCCGACUGAGUUAACUGCAUUUUCUGAUCGAAUUGAUGAAUUCAAAAAUGAAGGGGUUGAAGUUGUUGGUGUUUCAACUGAUUCGCAUUUCAGCCAUCUCGCUUGGAUAAAUACCCCACGUAAAGAAGGUGGUUUAGGCGGUCUGCGCUAUCCACUUUUGGCAGACUAUCAGAAAAAAAUCACACAGGAUUAUGGAAUCCUCCAGGAAGAGUUAGGCGUUGCUCUUCGUGGUUUAUUUAUCAUAAAUCCCGAGGGCAUUAUUCGACAGAUUACUAUUAACGAUCUUCCUGUCGGAAGAUCUGUCGAUGAAGUUUUGAGAUUGGUCAAAGCGUUCCAGUUUACAGAUAAGCAUGGUGAAGUUUGUCCAGCAGAUUGGCAACCAAAAAGUCCAACAAUAAAACCAGAUUUGAAAAAGUACAAGGAAUAUUUUCAAAAGGUUAAUUAA